UCCAUCUCUCUCUCUCUCUCUUGUCUCUCUCUCCAUAUAUCUCUUUCUAAUAAUCCACCCUGUGUUAUCGUCCUCGUCGUCGUUCCCAAGUGCUCUUACACGUAUCCUAUAUCCAACGUGUCUGUACGUGUACGUGCGUGUGUACGGUGUGCGCGUGAUGGUGUGUCUCUGUUGUCGUAAGAAAAAAAAUAUUUAAAUGUAUUACAAAGGAAAACGAAAAGGGAAAAGAAAAGUAAAGAAAAGAAAACAACGAUCGUAUCGGUCGAAUUAAUUUCUUACGUUGAUAGAUAGAUCUAGUAUACUCGAAAGAAAUAAAGAAAAAAGAAAAAAGGAAAAAGAAAAAAAGAGAAAGAGAGAAGGAAGAGAAGAGGUUAGGAAGAGACGACGAGCGCGCGCGCUCGGCGUAUGCGUCCGGCGGCGGGCGGUGUGUUCCUGAGCUGCGUGCGUCCUCCCCCCUCUCUCUUCCCUCCCCCCACCCUCGCCUUCGGUCGAGAAGCGUACGAGCGAGAGCGAGAGAGAGAGAGAGAGAGGGAGGGAGAUAGAUAGAUAGAUAGACAGAGACAGAGACAUAGAGAGAGAGAGAGAAGAGCGCGUCGCGCCGUGACGACGAGGAGUGAGAGAGAGAGAGAGAGAGAGAGUGUGUGUGAGAGAGAGAGAGAGACGAGGCGACAGAUACGUUCGAACGACGUACCUCUUGCCUAGUAGUACCCGCCUGCCAGGCCGUUCGCUCGCGCGCUGCGCUUCUUACGUCAGUUAGUUCUCUAACGUCCGAUCUUAGAUUGUUCACGUCGUCGUCGUCGUCGUCGUCGUCGUAGUCGUCGUCGUUGUCGUUGCCGGAAAGAAAGACGAACGAAAGAGAAGAGAGAAGAGAAGAGAAAAGAAGAAAAAAGGAAAAAGAAAAGGAACGAACAAACACACACACACAUACAUGCACACGCGCGCGCGCGCGCAUACAAAUUGAUAAUAAAACAAGGGUGUCAAGUCAGAAAAUUUGUGAAGGAAGUUGUUCGUGUUCGUGUUCGUGUUCGUGUCGUUCGUUCGAUCGUUUGUUUCGUGAAUCGUCGAUAACCAAUAAUAUAGAAGAGGACGAGAUUAUGAUGAUGAUGAUGAUGAUGAUGAUAAUGAUGAUGACGAUGAUGAUGAUGAUGAUGAUGAUGAUAGUGCGGGAAACGAAGUAAUAACGAAGGGAUUCUUCUUCUGUCUCGUACGAAGGAAGGGAAGAAAGAAAAAGAAAGAGAGGAAGAAAGAAGAGAGAAAAAGAAAAAGAAAAAGAAAAAGAAAGAAAGAGAGAGAGAGAGAGAGAGAGAGAGAGAGAUAGAAGAUGCGACAAAUUUUUCGCGCGCAUUUUGACGUUGAAGAAUAAAACUAAAGCGCACUAAAAAGUGUAACGUCUGGGUUGGGUUUGCCUUCUUUUUCUUUCAUUCUUUAUUUUUAUUUCUAUAAUUUGCUCUCUCCCUUUCUAUCUUCUCACGUUACGGACGUUCGAGUCCGUUGUUUUAUCCUUUCUCUUUAUCUCUUUCCGUCUCUCUACCCUGUCAUUUUUCUUUUUCUUUUCUUUUUUGUUUUCUUUUUAUCUUUAUCACCCCCUUCGUUCGCGUUCUUUUCGUCGAUCCCUGUCUCUCGUAAUUCUCUCUCUCUCUCUCUCUUUCUCUCUCUCUCUCUCUCUCUCUCUCUCUCUCUCUCUCUCUCUCUCUCUCUCUCUCUCUCUCUCUCCAGUUCCCCGCGAUCGUUUGCCGCGUGUGCGUGGAACAAACUCGAAGGCGGGAACUCGCCAGCGCGAAAGCCGCGAAAUUCGCGCGCCUCGCCGGUUGGUGGUGGAUGUGGACGUGGAGGUGGAGGUUGUGAAGGGAGAGAGAGAAAGAGAGAGAGAGAGAGAGAUAGAUAGAUAGAUAGAACGAGAAAGAAAGAGAGAGAAGGGAGAUCGGGAACGGAGAAUCGCGUCGCGUUGUUAUGUUCGCGACGCGAAGAAGCAUGCCGGUCGCGACGGCUGACCUUUCGGAAAGGUGUUGACCGACCGAUCGACCGACCGAUCGGAUCGACCGUCGUGUGUGUGAGAAUCGAUUGAUAAUCGUCGGAUAUAAUAGUUCUUUGGAAUGCCCUUAGUAUUCAGCUGUCCCUGUCUUCAACGUGAAAAGUUUGGAGUUUGAGUUAAGAGAGACGAAAAAGGAAAAAGAAAGAACAGAUAUAAAUAGUAGGACGAAAAACAAUACAAGAGAGAGAGAGAGAGAGAGAAAGAGAGAGAGGGAAAGACUGUGUGUGUGAGGGAGUGAGAGAGAGAGAGAGAGAGAGGAGGAAGAAUAAAAAUAAGAAGAAGAAGAAGAAGAAAAAGAAGAGGAAGUUAAGAGGAAGGAAGAAACCCAAUAGUAUCCAUCGUCGUGGGUGGUCAUCGGCGUAGUCGCUAUUAUUACUAAUAUUAUUAUCAUAAUUAUUAUUAAUAAUAAUAUUAAAAUCGUUAUCGUUAUUGUCGUUGUCGUGACCGUUGUUAUUAUCGUUGUUGUUGUUGUUGUUGUCGUCGUCGAUCGAGCGACGACGACGACGACGACGACGGCGUCGCAAGAGUUGAAAGAAGAAGAACGAGAGUCGACGACGAAGCCGACGGACGCCGUGGUCGUGAGACGCCUUGUUUCGUCUCCUGGAUUCGAGGAGGACGAUAAAGAAGAAGAAGAAGAAGAAGAAGAAAAAGAAAAAGAAAAAGAAAAAGACGAAGAAGAAGAAGAAGAAGGAGAAGACGACGACGACGACGGGCUAUCGUUCUUCCUCCUCCUCUUCUAUUUCCUCUCUCUAUUCUCCCAUAGCGAGAGACGACGAGGUAUUAGAGAAGCUCCAGAAGAAGCACGACCCUACCACCACCAUCGCCGCCGCGGCUUGGAUGGAUACUGUGCAUUAUUUCUGGAGUGCAUCCACGUCGCCGUCAUCCUGACCUGCCCGAGAAAUCCUCAUGAAAGACUGGGAACUCAGUACUCAGAAUAGCAUCGGCAGUGCGGUGGCUGCAGCCGACACCAUUUCCGCGCCGUGGACUCCCGCGAGUUCCGGGCCGCCGCCCGACGCCAACGGCUCCGGCUCGGAUACGAAGAACCUCGACGUUGGCGAAAUUAGCGAUGACGAAAAGGAUCUGUCGGCGGCGGACGCGGAGGGAGUAUGGUCGCCGGAUAUCGAGCAAAGCUUCCAGGAAGCUCUCACCAUAUAUCCGCCAUGCGGCCGACGCAAAAUUAUCCUUUCCGACGAAGGGAAGAUGUACGGUCGGAACGAGCUGAUCGCCCGUUAUAUCAAAUUAAGGACCGGUAAGACGAGAACACGAAAGCAGGUCUCCUCGCACAUACAGGUCCUAGCGAGGAGAAAACUUCGUGAAAUCCAGGCGAAACUCAAAGUGGAUCAUGCCGCCAAGGAGAAGGCUCUCCAGACAAUGUCGAGCAUGUCGAGCGCCCAGAUAGUAUCAGCUGGGAGUGCGAUACACAACAAGAUGCCCCCUGCCCUCGUGGGGCCCCUUGCCCUUCACGCUUCCACCCCUGUCUCCUAUCCCGGAGCGCAAUUCUGGCAGCCAGGUUUGCAGCCAGGAACGUCCCAGGAUGUCAAGCCGUUUCCACAACCUGCGUACACCGGUAAACCGGCGACGGCGGUCUCGAGCGGCGACAUGGUACAGGCACAGCCUCCACCACCUUGGGAAGGACGAGCAAUUGCGACUCACAAGCUCAGGCUGGUCGAGUUCUCGGCAUAUAUGGAUCAACAAAGAGAUCAGGACAUUUACCACAAGCAUCUGUUCGUCCACAUAGGAGGAUCAGCGACCUAUGCCGAUCCAUUGCUCGAAGCUGUCGACGUAAGGCAAAUAUACGACAAAUUCCCGGAGAAGAAGGGUGGUUUGAAGGAACUUUACGAUAAGGGACCGCAGGCUGCCUUUUUCCUUGUUAAAUUCUGGGCCGAUCUCAAUACCAAUAUUCAAGACGAAACUGGAGCCUUCUAUGGCGUGACGAGCCAGUACGAGAGCAACGAGAACAUGACGAUAACGUGUUCGACGAAAGUCUGCUCCUUUGGGAAACAGGUGGUGGAAAAGGUGGAGACGGAGUACGCCAGGUUCGAAAAUGGCAGGUUCGUCUAUCGUAUCAGCCGUUCACCAAUGUGCGAAUAUAUGAUUAACUUCAUCCACAAGUUGAAGCACCUGCCAGAGAAGUACAUGAUGAACAGCGUUCUCGAAAACUUCACCAUCCUUCAGGUUGUAACGAACAGGGAUACGCAGGAAACGUUAUUGUGUACAGCGUAUGUGUUCGAAGUGUCGACGUCCGAGCACGGUGCCCAACAUCACAUAUACAGAUUGGUCAAGGACUAACCUGCUCGAACCUGCUCGCCAUGCAGCCAUCUACCCCCAUCAGUGCCUACCAUCACAUAAAAAGAAUCAUCCGUACGCGUAUAUACACUAAAAAUACACUGAAUACAUAAAAUCACACGCGCGAGGAGAAACACGAAUAUGAGAACACAAUGAGAUGUAGACUCAUUGUUCGUACGUACUAUAUAUAUAUAUAUAUAUAUAUAUAUAUAUAUAUAUAUAUAUAUAUAUAUAUAUAAAUAUGUAUACAUAUAUAUACACACGUACAUAUACAGAUACACAUCACAUACAUAUACAUAUACAUAUACAUAUAUAUAUACAUAUAUAUAUAUAGAUAAACAUAUACAUACAUAUACAUGUAUACACAUACACAAGCACGUACACGAAACACGCGCACGUACGUACAAUACAUAUAUACACAACACUCACACAUACACGAAGAUACGUACAGUUACUACACAAAUAUUUUCACUUCCGCACUCGAGAAAAAGAAAUUCUAUCGACAAUGUUCUUUUUAUCGAUAUAACGGUGAUAAUCCUUUUCACCGUGACAGUAUUAUCGACGAAAAUGUGGACAAAAUUCGUUCGUAUCGUUUGACUCGAAGAAAAUUAACGGUACGUUAUUUCGAGCAUAUCGUCGUAUAUAUAUAUAAAAAAAAAAAGAAAAAAAAAUUUUAAUGAGAAUAUUGUUUUUCGUCGGAAAUUAAAUGAAAAAGCUCUUCUACCGAUGUCAUCUUACUUUUAUUCGUAAUAACUUUGUUACGAACUUUUAUUCGGGAUUAAACUCGAUAUCGUUCGAUUAGACAUCGUUAUAUAAUCUUUGCAUUCUUGAGAUGUGCAGUAUUUGGAAUCAUUGUCAGUGGAACUUCUUAAAGAUAGAGAGAGAGAGAGAGAGAGAGAGAGAGAGAGCGAGAGAGCGAGAGAGAGAGAGAGAGAGAGAGAGAGAGAGAGAGAGCGAGAGAGAGAGAGAAGAAUUUCGAAAUACAGACACCGAAGUACUGGCCAGCCCGAGCUUGAGUUUGAUUCAAAGUUCAAACUUUCUUAUUAAUUAUUGGGACCGUGAUUCUCCGUAUAUAUAUAUAUAUACAUAAAAAAAAAGAAGAAGAAAAAAAAAGAAAAGAGAGAAACUCUUUUUUUUUUUUUUUACCUGUUUAACAGGUACAACUUUUAUGGAAGAAAUUUCCGGAAGUGUAAAUGUUUAAAUGUGGGGAGGGAGGGGGAAAAGAUAGUUAUAAUAAUAUAAAUAUAUAUAUAUAUAUAUACACAUGCAUAUAUAUAUAUUUUGUGAAUACGUCUUCGAUCCGUCGGCACGUUCAGUUCGACAUACGAAUUUUUUAGUAAAAGGGGCGGAUACAAUAAACGUUAAGUUAUAAAAUUGACAAUAAAUUUGAUAUGAAAUGAAAAAAAAUGGAGAGCAAGAGAGAAAGAGAGAGAGAGAGAGAGAGAGAGAGAGAAAAAAUAUAUUAGGAUCGGGCAAAUAAAGUGACUACUAGGAACGACGAAACAGACUCUGAUCUCGGAAAGGCAUGGUACCCCCAUCAUAAUUUUUAGUAUUAUAUAGUUUUAUUAUUAAAAUUAGACGAUAGAUCAGACAAGACAUCCACACACAGAUAUACAUAUAAUACAUAUAUAUAUAAGAGUAUAUAUGUUAAAUAUUAACGUAAUCAAUUACGAUUUACAUUGUUAUGAAAAAAUGAUCGUGUAUAAAGUUAUCUAAGUGAUUUCCAAUUUUUAAAACGAUAUGGAGGUUUAACACCGAAACGUAUGCCAUUAUGAUCGCUUAAGUUUCUCGGAUUUCAUGAUUUCUUAAUUAACCCUUUAUCUUUCUUUUUCUUUUUCUUUUUUCUUUCCUUUUCUUUUCUUUUUUUUUGCCCUUUCUUGUCUACUCUUCUUUCUUUCUUUUUUUUUCUCUUCUUCUUUUUUUUUUUUUUAUCAGUCGAGAGUAAACACAAGGUCAAGAGAGCAGUAUAAAGUAAUUGCACAUUUUACACCUGUUCUUUUUUCUUUCCUCUUUUUUUUUCUUUUACCUUUUUUUCUUUCUUCUAAUCUUUCUUUUUUCUUUUUUUUUUUUUUCUUUCUUUUUUCUUUUGUUAAGCUUUAUCAUAGAGAGAACUGUUUUUUAGUUAUAUACUAUAACCAACGUUAAGAGAGUUCAUGCGCUCUGCAUGGCUCUUUUAUUAUUUUUAAUAUUAUAUAUAUAUAUAUAGAGAGAAGAAUGAGAAAGAUCGAUAAUAGUAUAAUAGUUCUUAAUGAUUUUUAAAAUCGAAACGUUUAAUUAUAUGCACGCUUGCUAUGGUGCAUACCCACCCAAUAUAAUAGGCAGCGACACUUAGGUUAGAGGGAUGUGUUUGUAUUUCUUGUAAUCACUUUACUUUUUACUCUAAGAUACUUUCUUUUUUUUUUGUUUUUUUUGUUUAUCUUUUUCUUUCUUUUUUUUUCUUUUUUUUUUCUUUUUCUUUUUUCUAUAGUUCUUACAGAAGAAUGACUUUCUUACUUAGCAUACUUUGUUUGAUCUUUCUAUUAUGAUUACGAAUUCAUGUGUCUGUAGGUUUUGUACCCUUAACACUUGAUUGAAAAGGCCACCCUCCACCCACACCCACCAUGAUAUUUUUAAAACAAAUAAUAGAAAAUAAUUAAUUUCUCUUUCUUUCUUUCCUUCUUUCUUUCUUUCUUUCUUUCUUUCUUUCUUUCUUUCUUUCUUUCUUUCUUUCUUUCUUUCUUUCUUUCUUUCUUUCUUUCUUUUUUCUGUCUUUUAUUUCGAAGACUUGACCUUGAAACGUGGUUUUCUUUCUUCUUUAGAUCUUAUCAAAUGAAGUAUCAAAUACGUGGUACAAGAAUAAACGGUAUCGUACGCGUGUGAUUAGAUUUUUUUUUUUUUUAUAUAUAAUAAUAAUUAUUAUAAAAUAAAUAUGCGAGAUUUAUUUGGUUGAACGUUCUUUUUUUUUUAUUUUCUUUUUUGUUUUUUAAAUGUUUCGCGGCGAAUGAAUUGUUAUAUGAACAUGGAUAAAUCGAGAAACAAUGCCUUGUUUGAUCAAGCUUCGUACUUAACGUCUUAUAAUUUAUACAAUUCACUUAUGGACCAUGCAAAUGUUCUUUUUUUUCUUUUUUUUUUUUUUCUUUUUUAUAUAUAUAUUCGAAACUCUCAGAUAUAUAUAUAUAUAUAUAUAUAUAUAUAUAUAUGUAUGUAUGUAUGUAUAUGUAUAUGUAUAUGUAUACAUAUAUAUCUAUAUUCAUGCAGUGGCACUUUAAAAAAAAAAGGGUAGAGGACCAUCUUUUACGAUCAUUUUUAUCUAAUCUCGUCUCUCUCGUGCAAUUUAUAUAUAUAUAUAUAUAUAUAUAUAUAUAUAUAUAUAUAUAUAUAUGUAUGUAUAUACGAGAGAUAUUCUUCACGUACUCUUUUUAAUCCGAUCAAUUGUGUGUUCCCAAACAGAACUUGCCUACUGAGGAAGCAGUGAACGCUAACAUUACAGAAAUCAUGUUGUAUACAUACUUUAAGGAAGCAUUAAUUUACUUAUUGUAUUCUCGCUUUAAUUAAUUUUUAUGGAACAAGUGGCAAUGUAUUUUGAUCUCUCUUUUAGUCAGAAAUAAUAUGUCGCGUUUUAUUCAGGGUGAGAAAUGAGAAUAUUUUUUUUUUGUGAUUGACUGGUUAUAAGAAAGGAACUUAUAUAUUUACUCAAUAUGACGCAUAUGUGUUUAUUUUUUUUUCUUCGUUCAGAAACUGGCAGCUUUCAUAUUUUUUACUUAUUGUUAUAUUUCUUCUUCUUCUUUUUUUUUUUUUUUUUUUUUAAUUACUAUUGUAAUCAAUCGUAAACAUUGAUUUUAUCUAUUUUAUUAAUUAUUAUUAUUUCAUUAAAUUUCUUUUUUUUUUUGCGAUUGGCAAAAUCUAAAUAUAUGCAAUUGUAAUCUUUGAAAGACACGAUUAAGUUGACGAAUUAACAAACGAUGUUGUUUUUAUAGAUUUUUUUUUUUUUAAUUUGUUUUUAUUCCGACUAAUUAUUUUCAAUAAUUGUGUCAAUAGUUACCAUAUUUUUGACUGAAGAUAUAUAUAUAUAUAUAUAUAUAUAUAUAUAUAUAUAUAGAAUCUUUAUGUAUUAUCGAUUAAGUAAAUAAAAAUUGUUUCAUUACUUUUCCAAAAAGAAAAUUACAUUUACAUUUAAGUGUACUUGCUUUGUUUCUUUUUUAUUUUUUAUUUUUUUUUUAGUAAGAAGAUCGUGUCUUAAAGAUUACAGUCGAACGUAAUGAACGUAUUAAAUAAAAGGGAAAAGAAAAAAAAAAAAAAAGAAGUAACGGACUCAAAAACGAACAUGUUAAGAAACAUUUCUUUCAAAACUGCGCGAUGUCUUUUGGAGGAUACUCACAAAAACAUCUUUUUCGUAUAUAAGUUUCUCUUUAGUACUCAAAAAAAAAAAAGGAAAAAAAAAAAGAAAA